GUCAAAUUGCCUUGUACUCGUUAAGCCCCGCAAAUAGGUCGUUUGGUAGCAGUCACAGCGCCCAACAUUCUGAAGAUGACGCUAGAAGCCGUGAGGGCCGCCGGUACGCUGGCUGAAGAUGGACUUUGCUACAAAUGCCAGGUCUUCCAGCUAAGCAAGGGUAGGUUCACGUCGUCACCCUUUGACGAGAAGCGGAUGUACCAGCUCGGCUCAUAUGAUGAUGUAACGUCGCGCACAUAUUGUUCUCUCUGUCAAUUCAUUUCGCAAGCAUUUCGCGAUGGACCGGUACCUCCCGGUGCGGUGGAAGGAGCCCGUGUCCAAGGGUCGUGGAACCAAAUCUCGGAGGGGUCACCCAAUGCAUGCUUGGCUAUCUGGCUUAUGCCGCGCAGCGAAGACAAUGGUAUUCCGUUCAACAUUAGACUUGUUGGUGAUGAUGACACACAGAUUGCCGGAUCUGGGAGAUUGAUCAGUGAUUCUGUAAUCGAUCCUUUGAUGGUCACGGCCUGGAUGUCCAUCUGCCAGGCGCACCACGAGUGCGGCAAUGUGGCGUCGCGUUUUCGACAUCUUCGAACCCUUCCCCCAGGUUUCAUGCUGAUUGACGUUGUGGAUCUGCGCCUCGUGGAGACAACUACGGUGAGCCGCUUCAUUGCGUUGAGUUACGUUUGGGGUAACAGCGUAAAGUUCAAGACAGUAUCGUCGAAUGUCGAGGACUUGAAGCGGGAGAAUGGGCUCGGUCAUGUCUGGGAUCAACUCAAUCCCACCAUAAGAGACGCCAUAAUAUUCACACGCAAGUUGGGCGAGCGACAUAUCUGGAUUGACAGUUUAUGUAUCCUCCAGGAUAAUGCAGAGAACUCACAAGCCAAUAUUGGUGCCAUGGACACAAUCUACCAACAGGCACACCUCGUCAUCGCCGCCGCCGAUGACAAGGCUGUGGAGGGAGGACUACAUGGAGUGACCAAGACGCGGACUCCCGUCCAGCACCAAGUUGAAAUACGCCAAGGCUUGAGAGUAUUAGGCGUGUUCAAUCAUUCUACCUAUAUGGAUCGCAGUAUAUACGAAUCACGGGGCUGGACAUUUCAAGAGGAGCACCUGAGUACCAGGACCCUCAUCUUUGUAAACAACCAAGUAUAUUUCUCUUGCAUGUCGCACGUGUUCAACGAAGACGUCUACCCACCAUCCAACUUCGGCGCCGACCACAGCCUCCUGUCCGCUCAUAUUUCCAAAAGAUUUAUUCGCGAAGGCGUGCAACCGACUAUACUAUAUUUCAAGGCUGUUCAAGCAUAUACGACCCGAAAAUUGACGUAUCCUGAGUUAGACAUGAUGAAUGCAUUUAGAGGUGUCGGAAACGUCCUAAGUGACCAGCUCGCAACGAAAUCGAGUUGUGGACUUCCGGAGGGCAUCUUCGACCUUGCACUACUAUGGCAACCUGUAGGCCCUUGCAAGCGAAGAAGGGGUUCUGGCCCUUCCUGGUCGUGGACGGGCUGGGAUGGUUCAGUACACUGGAUCGGUGAUACACUCGCACUUGCCUCGUAUGGCUACUCCGCGACAAAGGAGCAAGAGCAGACGCUAGUCAUGGGUUGGCUGAAAGAACGCACGUGGAUCAACUGGAAACGGUUGCCAACCAACAAAGGAAAUAAAAAUGUUCCAUUGGCUGUGGACGACACGAAACAUAGUCGCAAUGAGAAAGUUGGGUGCGAUUCAGCAGCAGUGAAUGAGGAAAGCUGGUAUGGACGAGAUAUCACCACUCGUGAUCCUAUAAUUGCGUGCUAUGCUUCACAACAGACUGUGCAGCCUCAAAUAGCUACCCCGUACCAUAUUAGGCAUUGGUCGCCAUCCUCCGAGGGAGAGUUUCUUUGUUUCUGUACUCUCACUGCUAAAUUUCGCAUCCAGCCUUCCGGGCAUUACCUCCGGUACGGAUCUAUCGAUCCCGUAUGGGAGCCUAAUGGUCGAAUGGUGUUUCUGCUGCUGAACCAUCAAUCGCAAACCUGUGGGUACGUAUUAUUACAUUCUGACUGGAGGGAGCAAUACUCGCCAGAUAAGACUUACGACUUUUUGAUGUUAUCUGAGGCCAACUAUUAUUGCGAUUGGGGUCGACCGCACGAAAAUCAUCCUUACAAGAGGUUUUAUGGUAUGGGACCGGACUGGGCUGAGUUCCAUGUCAUGAUGGUUGAGUGGAAACAGCGGCAACCUGAAGGAAACAGAAAUCAGUUAACUACUGCUGAGAGGGUUGGUAUCGGACGAGUUCUGAAGGAGGCUGUCAAGGAUGCCUGGGAUGAGGGUCCUGUGUGGAAGGAAAUUGUGCUUGGUUAAAUUACUUCAAAGAGACGCCCAGGUCUGCAUAGUCAAUUGAGUCCGAAUGCGAGUGAUGUAACAACAUCACAUAU